AUGUACAAAAUUCCCAAACUUCUCAAACCACCACAUAAAUAGUCAUUAGAAUUUUAGAAAAUGCAGGAGGAGUUAAGAAAAAGCUAGUAGGCUUAAAAGGAGAAAGUUGAUGUUAAAAUACAACCCGAAUUUGUUGUAGAAGAAGACUUGGAUGAAAAGGAUUAUACAAAUUUUAUCCCAUUAAAACAGGAACCUUAAAAGUUUGAAUAACUACAACAUUAUUAGCCAAGGGACUAUUUAGAAGAGUUUUUCGAUUAAAAAGGAAUCAUUAAGAGAAAGUAGGAUAGAAAAAAUAAAAUGGUUAAUGCAAUAAAUUAUGAAAUUGAAAGGAAUGAAAAAUGCAUAGAUUAAUUAAUGUAGGAGUUUUAGGAUUACUAAGAGGAGAUUAAUCACAUUUAAGGUAAGGUUAAGGAUUUGGAGAAAGAAGGGAAAAAUUUAACAAUUCUUUAGAAGUUGUAAAUCUUAGAAGGCAAUCUGGACGAAGCCUUAAAUUUGGAGAUAAAGGAGGAAUUCAAAUUGAAUCCUGAUGAUGAGGAUAUUGAUGAUAAGUUGGAUUUGAUGUAUGACAAUACCAAUAAUUUAAUCGACGAAUAUGAACAACUAAAAUAUUAGAUAUUGGAAGAGGAGGAAAGACGUAGAGAGGAUCAAGAAGAGAAGGAACUCUUGGAAUAAUUGGAUGAUAAGUAAAUUGAGGAUAGAGAGUUGCAACAUGAAUUACAAAGAAGGAUCGAGUAGGUAAAAAACGAGGGUGUCAAAUUGCAGAUGCAAUAAAAGCUUUAAAAGUUAAAAGAAUCCACGCUCCAAAGAACUGAAAUGAAAAAGGCAUCUGUGAAGAAUUACUGCAGAAAAAGCAAGCCAUAAUAGGAAUCUACUUAAAAAAAGAAGUUCUCUGACAAGAAACAGUAUAAUAUGUACUCAUAACAAUUUGGAUAUGGGAAAGAUAAAAUUACUUUUAAGCCUUUAUGA